CAACGGCCGGCGGUGGCCGGGAGUGUAUAUGAAGCAGCAAGAAUCUUCGAUUCUACGACUUGAUCUAAAGGGAAAGCAAUAUCUUUAUUGGUAUCAUAAUGUUCGGUUUCGAGGUGAUAACGAUUGCAGCCUUAUCUGGCGUUGCCCUGGCCGCUCCCCAGAAUAUUCAGUAUCACGAGACGACUGACAAUUCGUGGAAAAGUCGAAUCAAGAAUGUUGUCGUUCUCGUCGAAGAGAACAGGUCAUUUGAUACCUUCGCAGGUGGACUUAAUUACAACUCAGCUAUUGAUGGAUUAUUACACCACAAUUAUUGCAAUUCAAUGAAUGCGUCAAACCCUGGGCAAAAGGCCGAUGUGUGUGCUGGACCUCGUGCCAACGAUGUUGCAGCAGACGAUCCAAACCACAGUAUAAGUGGUGUUAAUAUGCAACUCUUCACAACAUAUCAUCCAUCUGGAUCACAAUCCGAAAGCAUGCGUGGCUUUGUGACAGAACAAUCCAUCACCUACAGCACCUUGAACAAGACCCGUGCUGCUGAAGCCAUCAACUACUACACCCCUGAUCAAGUCAAGGUCUUCAACACAAUGGCCGAAAACUUCGUUCUUUUCGACCGCUGGUUCGCUGCUGUCCCGGGCCCUACCAAUCCCAAUCGUGCCUACAUCACGAGUGGAACAUCGCAUGGACACGGCAAAAAUGACAACGCUUUCAACGUUUACGGUAUUCCCGUAAAAUCCAUCUUCGAACAACUUUCCGAGAACGACAUCACAUGGAUGAACUACCAGAACUCCACCCUCGGACCUGGUCUCGGUUUCAACCCAGAUGCUGCAUUCUACAACUGGACCCUCAGCUCUGGAGCAUAUAAGACUAAUAUUGCCCCAUUGACAAAAUUUUACGAGGAUGCGGCUGCAGGCACACUGCCCCAAUUCACAUAUAUCAACCCAGAGUGCUGCUCUUAUCAGUCAUACCACCCCCCAUCACCCAUCAGCUCCGGCGAAAACUUCAUCAAAGGAAUUUAUGAAGCUAUCCGAUCGUCCCCACAAUGGAACGAAACCCUCUUUAUCCUCACAUUUGACGAGCACGGCGGUUUUGGUGAUCAUGUUCCUCCCCCCACAAACGUACCGGCUGGAGAUGAUCUCACAUAUACUGAAAAGGCACCCGAUGGAAAAAACAUGACAUUUGAUUUCAAACGCUUGGGUGUCCGCGUUCCAACGCUUUUAAUCAGUCCGUGGGUUGGCAAGGGAGUGGUGGAGAAGAAGGGAAAGAACAAGGGAGGUGAGUACACGCAUACGAGUAUUAUUGGGUUUUUGGACGAGCUUUGGGGAUUGGAUCCAUUGACUCCUAGAGUUAGCUGGAGUAGUACCUUUGAGGGGUUGAUUACGAAUAAGUUGAGGACGGAUACACCAGUCACUUUACCGGAUCCUUUGGCUUAGACUUGAGAAACAAUACUUUGGAGGGCUAUCAGAUGAAUCUUAUCUUGAACCAUUUGAAGAAAACCCCGGGGCACAGUCAUUAAGGUACCAACUUCAAUCUUUCAGACGAUUUAUGAUUUAUAUCUUUCAAAUCAUUCGAAACCCCAAUAUAUAAGUUCAUCUAAGCACCAAUUAGGUCACUGAAAUAGACUUCAGAUGAACCGCUGAAAUAUAUUCUCCCAAUAUCCCGUUCAAUUUUGUACAUAGAGACCAAAUGAAAGGAACUGCGGUGAUCAAGAAAUUCCGUUCGCUGUAUUUGAGUAUAACCAGGGUUCGCGAUUGUAUGUAAGUGUUAGCUUUGAUAACACCCGAAAAUGCAUUCAAAUAAGAUCGAUGAGUAUGUAUUAACUCUUGCCGGGUUCUUUGGGCUUUCGGGCUCAACAUCAUUUGAAGAGCAACAGAACUUUCGAUCGAAUAUGCAAUGUA